UUAAUGGCUCUGAAAAAUCAAUGUUUCCUCAACAUUCCUGGUUUGAUUUUCACGAUUCUUUCUGGCUUUUUCAUCACAGAGUAUAAAUAUUUUGUGUCUUUUGCUUCUCAGUUACAUUUUUUUUUUCAAGAAAAUUCUGUGGGUAAUAUCAGAGAAACAUUGUAAUGAUUAUAUACUCUUUGACUGAAUCUUCAAGUUCUCCUAAGCUGUUCAUCUAAAACAAAAUAUAAAUUAGAUUAUGUCCUAUCUUUGAGAUCUUAUCAAAGUUUCCACUAUCAAUAGCAGCUGCCAACAAAUAGGCUAUCUUAGUUUAUAUUCUCUGUCCUUCUAAGAUUAGUUCUAUACUAACAAUUAAAGGGGAUCAACAAGAGGGACUAGGAAAAGGCACUAUGUAGUAGAUGAAAGCCUUCAAUUCAAAGACAGACCUGCCUAAACUUUAAGUACGUUUCGUGGUUGCAAUUCACAUCCCGCGCAAAGCGCGGGCACCGCUGCUAGUGUUGGGCUAGUUUUUCGACUUUUGCCUUUAAAAUGAAAAUUGUCUAUAAAUCCAAAAAAAUCGUUUGAUGGAAAGGCCUAGGCUUGAGGUGAAAACUAGUUGAAACGCGGUAAAAAAUCGUUAUUUACCAAGAAGAAAAUGGAAGUAGGGUUUUACCUUUAACUCUAAACCCUUGUCUUAUUGGUCAGUGUCGUCCUCUUUGCGUUAAACCCUAGUCCCAAAACCCAUAUCUGAGCUUGUACAUCUGCUGUCUCUUACCAUCAGGAUCAAAUACUACUUGUGGUUGUUGACCAGAGUGUUGUUUUAUCGCCAAGUUAGCUGUAGGAGUUGUUUGUUUUGCGUUGAGUUGAUAUUUGAUUUAGUAAUGGAUGAUACAGCACUGCAAGAGUGCUCUGUACCCGAAGAUGUUCUCCAGACACUUUUAAGUGUGUCAAACUCAUCUACACUUGUAAAAUCCUUGGAAGAUUUGAUACAAGCUUGUAAAACGGCUGAUGGUCGCGAAGACCUUGCCACUAAGAAUGUUCUCCCCACAGUCCUCCAGCUCAUUCAAUCUCUCUCGUACCCUUCUGAUCAACACCUUCUGACAUUGUCUUUAAGGCUUUUAAGAAAUCUGUGUGCGGGGGAGGAAGCAAAUCAGAACUCAUUUGUUGAGCAAAAUGGAGUUGCAAUCAUAUCGAAUGUUUUGAGUUCUGCAAACCUUUCUCUGGAGCCAGAUUUUGGGAUUAUUUGUGUGGGCUUGCAAGUUCUGGCUAAUGCUGCAUUGGCUGGAGAACGACAGCAGCAUGCAAUUUGGCAGCAACUCUUCUCAGAAAAAUUUGUUGCUCUUGCAAGAGUUCGUAGCCAGAAGACUUGUGGUCCUCUGUGUAUGAUUAUCUACACUUGUUGUGAUGGAACCCCUGAACUGGUUGCACCACUUUGUGGUGAAUUUGGAAUAACUAUUGUGAAGGAGAUUGUAAAGACUGCUGCUGCAGUUGGUUUUGGAGAAGAUUGGUACAAAUUGCUUCUUUCAAGAAUUUGUUUAGAGGAACCUUUCUUCCGGCCACUUUUCUCUAGUUUACAAUGUGUUGGUGGAAAUGAGAAUGGUGAAGAUACAGAACGUGGGGAAGAGCCUUUCUCGAAAGAGCAAGAAUUUUUGUUGGAAAACGUAUCAGAGAUCUUGAAUGAGCGUCUCAAUGAGAUAACUGUUCCCAAUGAUUUUGCUUUGUGCGUUUAUGGAAUAUUCAAGAACUCCAUCAGAGUUCUUAGUUAUGCAACAAGAGGCAGGUCUGGACUUCCAACAGGCUCUAUUGAGAUAGAUGUCCUAGGAUACUCGCUCACAAUCUUGAGAGAUAUAUGUGCCCAAGGAACACUAAGAGGAUCAACAGAGAAUACGAUGGAUGUUGUGGAUAUUCUGCUCUCCUCUGGUCUCAUUGAAUUACUUUUGUGUUUGCUUCGUGAACUUGAGCCGCCAGCAAUAAUUAGGAAAUCUAUCAACCAAGCUGAGGACCAAGAUGGAUCAAAUUCUUCUACAUCAAAACUAUGUCCAUACAAAGGUUUUCGGAGAGACAUAGUUGGAGUCAUUGGCAAUUGUUUAUAUGGAAGGAAGCUUGUGCAAGAUAAGAUUAGGAGAAAGGACGGGCUUCUUCUGCUGUUGCAACAGUGUGUAACAGAUGAUGACAACCCGUACUUAAGGGAGUGGGGCAUUUGGUGUGUGAGGAACUUGUUGGAGCGGAACCAAGAAAAUCAGCAGGCGGUGGCUGAAUUGGAACUUCAAGGGUCUGUCGAUGUGCCUGACCUUGCUCGACUUGGUCUUCGAGUAGAGAUGAAUCCAGAAACUGGACGUCCGAAGCUUGUUAAUAUCUCAUGAGAUUUAUUACUGUUCUUGAUAGCGCAUUUCACAUGUAAAGAAUGAGCAACCAGUGUAGUCUAGUGUAGUACAAGACCCUCACUCUUUAUCUGAUCAAGUUCAUUGUUGCCUAUA